UUUGGGGAUUAGGGUUUUGUGGCAUUUUGGGUUUUAGAGGAGAAAAAGGGUGUGUUUUGUGAUGUUGUAUUGGGAGGGUGAAGUAUUAUUUGGAUCCGAGGUUUCUAGUUACUUAGUUUUUGAUGGAGACAAAGUUUUGGGGUUCAGUUUUCAUCUGGUGGGUCUUCUCAGCUCACCCAUGGUUGUUGAUUUCUGCUAACAUGGAAGGUGAUGCAUUACAUAGCCUGAGGACAAAUUUAGAGGAUCCUAACAAUGUUUUGCAAAGUUGGGACCCGACACUUGUCAAUCCAUGCACGUGGUUUCAUGUAACAUGUAACAAUGACAAUAGUGUCAUAAGAGUUGAUCUGGGAAAUGCUGCUUUGUCUGGGCAACUUGUUCCACAGCUUGGCCAGCUCAAAAACUUACAGUAUUUGGAACUUUACAGCAAUAAUAUUAGCGGUCCAAUUCCAAGUGACCUGGGGAAUCUUACUAACUUGGUGAGCUUGGAUCUGUACCUUAACUGUUUCACUGGAACUAUCCCGAAUUCAUUGGGCAAGUUGUCAAAAUUGCGUUUCCUCCGGCUUAACAACAACAGCCUGACUGGGCCUAUCCCUAUGUCACUGACUAAUAUUUCAGCUCUCCAAGUGCUGGAUUUAUCUAAUAACCAUCUCUCAGGCGUGGUCCCUGAUAAUGGAUCCUUCUCAUUAUUCACACCUAUCAGUUUUAACAACAACUUGGAUCUAUGUGGUCCAGUCACGGGGCACCCUUGCCCUGGGUCCCCUCCAUUUUCUCCUCCUCCUCCUUUCGUCCCACCACCCCUAAUCUCAGCUCCAGGUAAUAGUGCCACUGGUGCAAUAGCCGGAGGAGUAGCUGCAGGAGCAGCUGUAUUAUUUGCUGCUCCUGCAAUUUUGUUUGCAUGGUGGCGUCGAAGGAAACAAAUAGAAAUUUUCUUUGAUGUGCCUGCUGAAGAGGAUCCUGAAGUACAUCUUGGGCAGCUUAAGAGGUUCUCAUUGCGAGAACUGCAAGUUGCAACUGAUACUUUCAGCAAUAAGAACAUUCUUGGAAGGGGAGGAUUUGGUAAGGUGUACAAAGGACGCUUGGCAGAUGGUUCAUUGGUUGCUGUGAAAAGAUUGAAAGAAGAGCGUACACCUGGUGGAGAGCUUCAGUUUCAGACUGAAAUAGAGAUGAUCAGCAUGGCGGUGCAUCGGAAUCUCCUCCGUUUACGUGGGUUCUGUAUGACGCCAACUGAAAGGCUACUUGUUUAUCCUUACAUGGCUAAUGGAAGUGUUGCCUCAUGCUUAAGAGAGCGUCCAGCACAUCAGCAACCCCUCAAUUGGCCAACAAGGAAACAAAUAGCUUUGGGAUCAGCAAGGGGUCUUUCAUAUUUGCAUGAUCAUUGUGACCCAAAGAUCAUUCAUCGUGAUGUAAAAGCUGCAAACAUACUGUUGGAUGAGGUGUUUGAGGCUGUUGUUGGGGACUUUGGGUUGGCUAAACUAAUUGACUACAAGGACACCCAUGUUACAACUGCUGUACGGGGCACAAUUGGGCACAUAGCACCAGAGUACCUAUCUACUGGUAAAUCUUCAGAGAAAACUGAUGUCUUUGGGUAUGGUAUAAUGCUUCUGGAGCUGAUCACUGGACAAAGGGCUUUUGACUUGGCUCGGCUUGCGAAUGAUGAUGAUGUUAUGUUGCUUGAUUGGGUUAAAGGACUUCUGAAAGAAAAGAAGCUAGAAAUGCUGGUUGAUCCUGAUCUCCAUAACAAUUACAUAGAAGCCGAGGUAGAACAGUUAAUACAGGUUGCAUUGCUUUGCACACAAGGUUCCCCUAUGGACCGGCCUAAGAUGUCAGAAGUGGUGCAAAUGCUUGAAGGUGAUGGCUUGGCAGAAAGAUGGGAUGAGUGGCAAAAGGUGGAAGUUCUCCGCCAGGAAGUGGAGCUGCUCCCUCAUCCCCAUUCUGAUUGGAUUGUUGACUCAACUGAAAAUAUACAUGCAGUUGAGUUAUCUGGUCCGAGGUAA